GUGAGCUACACCUCUCCCUGCGUGCAUCCGUGCGCGCUCCCCACCGGCUCUGUCCCUACUCCCUUCCUCUUCUGUCUACCGCUGAUGCAGGGAGCGGGAGUAAAAUGUCGGCGCCGUGACUGUGGGGAGAGAGUAGCACACUGAGCCUGAGGCCGCCUGGACCCGGGAGGGCAGAGAGACAGCUAGAGGGAGCCACUGUGUGAACAGGGAGCCUGUGGAAUGCCAUGGCCAGCUCCUCUGAGAGUGAAGAUGAUGCAUUCAUGGCUGUUGAUGCAGAGGAAGGAGUAGAGGGGACCAUGGAGCAGGAUGACGAGCCGCAUCCUCAGGCAGAGCUGGAGCAGACUAGGCACAACCGGUCCAUGUCAGAACUACCAGAGGAAGUGCUGGAAUACAUCUUGUCCUUCCUGUCUCCAUAUCAGGAACACAAGACCGCAGCCUUAGUGUGCAAACAGUGGUACCGGCUCAUCAAGGGUGUUGCCCAUCAGUGCUACCACGGUUUUAUAAAGGCGGUCCAAGAUGGGAACAUUCAGUGGGAAAGCCGAACCUACCCUUACCCAGGAACGCCCAUCACCCAGCGAUUUUCUCACAGUGCGUGCUACUAUGACUCCAACCAAUCCAUGUAUGUGUUCGGGGGCUGCACACAGAGUAGCUGCAAUGCUGCCUUCAAUGACCUCUGGAGGCUCGACCUAAACAGCAAAGAGUGGAUACGACCUUUGGCAUCUGGUUCCUACCCUUCUCCUAAGGCCGGUGCCACCCUGGUUGUGUAUAAAGAGCUACUGGUACUGUUUGGAGGUUGGACGCGCCCAAGCCCCUAUCCCCUGCAUCAGCCAGAACGUUUUUUUGAUGAAAUACACACGUAUUCACCAUCUAAGAACUGGUGGAACUGUAUAGUGACUACACACGGGCCGCCGCCAAUGGCAGGACAUUCCUCGUGUGUCAUAGGAGACAAAAUGAUAGUCUUCGGCGGGUCCUUGGGCUCACGCCAAAUGAGUAAUGAUGUCUGGAUGCUGGAUCUAGAGCAGUGGUCGUGGUCAAAACCAACUAUUAGUGGGCCCAGCCCUCACCCGCGAGGAGGACAGUCUCAGAUUAUAAUUGAUCAUGAGACCAUCCUGAUUCUGGGAGGCUGUGGUGGUCCAAAUGCACUGUUUAAAGAUGCCUGGCUACUGCACAUGCACUCUGCGCCGUGGACUUGGCAGCAGCUGAAAGUUGAGAACGAGGAGCAUGGAGCGCCGGAAUUGUGGUGCCACCCGGCAUGCAGGGUUGGGCAGUGUGUGGUGGUGUUUAGCCAGGCACCCAGUGGUCGUGCACCUCUCAGUCCAAGCCUUAACUCUCGUCCAUCACCAAUCAGCGCUACACCCCCUUCCCUGGCGCCUGAAUCUAGAGAAUAUCGUUCCCAUUCCCCUGUCAGAGCACCAGAUGAAGCCCCCUGUGUCAACGGUCGCUGGGGAACACUACGUCCCAGAGCUCAGAGGCAGUCAACAUGUGGUUCCCGCGAGGGCAGUCUAUCCCCGGCACGUGGUGAUGGUCUUUCUCCUUUCCUUAAUGGAGGAGCUGUAUCUCCCGCCGCAGCUUUAGACAGUCCCCUGCAAGUUAUUUCACCACCUGCUGCUGAAGGUUGUGAGACAAAGGCCGCUCACUCAUUACCCACUCGCAGGAGCUCCUUACCAGAGCAGAAAGACUUGUGCCUGGGACCUGCAGAUUGCACGUGGGAGAGGAAAAAGGUGGAACUGGAUCUAGACUCUGCAAGUAGGAACCCACUGGAGCAGACUAAUGGAGUUCAUACCCCUCCACACAUUACUACUACUACUACUACUACUCCUCCUCCUCUUUCUGGAGCUGUGUCACCGGGGGCACUGCGAAGGGGACUAGAAGCUGUUCGAGCAUCGUCCACAUCCCCUCCAUCACAAAGUGGGCCGUCCCCACUAAGCCCCCCAACACUCUCUUCACCCAGCUCACCCAGCAGUGGGGCAGAAGCUUCCUCUGCCCGUCCAGCUUCUGCCCAGGGCGAUGGACACUCCUUACCCCCUAUUGCCCGUCGUUUAGGACAUCACCCUCCUCAGUCCCUCAAUGUAGGAAAACCUCUUUACCAGAGCAUGAACUGCAAACCCAUGCAAAUGUAUGCCUUGGACAUUCAGGAUACGCGGGAAAGGGGCCGCGUAAAAUGGAAGGUGUUUAGCGGCAGCUCUGUAGUGGGCCCCCCUGAAACCAGUCUACAUACGGUGGUACAAGGCAGGGGGGAGCUAAUCAUAUUUGGAGGCCUCAUGGACAAGAAACAAAAUGUUAAGUACUACCCCAAAACCAAUGCCUUGUAUUUUGUUCGAGCCAAAAGAUAAUACAAUUUAAUAACUGACCAGAGAUCCUUAUAAUUAAACUGCCUGAGGCCCCAUCUUCCCCAGUUUCCUUUUUACUGGUUUUACACUACUUGGUCCCUUGUGUUUUUAGCUUUGGAGUCAAUCAAUAAAAUCACAGCUCUAAUUAACAGGCCAAGAUCCAGCGUCUCCCACUAUUGGUUUGUCAGCACCACCUGUAAAAUGCCGGGUAGAAAUUCAUUAAUGUUUCACUGCAGUGAUUUGCAUUUCUCUUGAGUAGCAAAGCAUUUAACAAUGGCCUGGAAUUACUUAUACAACCUAUCAAAAAUGUAAUAUGUCUUUUAAAAUGUGAUUUGUUUGCUGUUGGUAGAUAAAACGGGAUGGAACGUGAAACGCAAAAGGAUAUAAUUUUAGUAAGAAAUGUGACAUAUAAUAGGAAAUCUCAACAUAAUGCAACCUCAGUUUGUAAUAAAUUAAAUCACUAAUUGGGAUAUAACCCGAGGAAGAAACCCACAGUAAUUCGUGUUUUUCAUCCAUUUUUUUUUUUUUUUUUUUUUUUUUUUUUUUAACAUUUUUGAUACAUUUUAAACCAAGUGUAAACAACCUUUUAACUGUUGCUGUCACAAAGUGAGAAAUGUGCAGCUGAAGUCAGGAGAGCACAUCACAGGCUGCAGUUAUUUGUAACCUACAUAGUUUGUGCAUCCCAUAAGGAUAUUUUGUCUUACGUUGUAACAUCACCAAGUUAUCAAUUGCGUGCCAGCCGCGCCAACCUCUUAAACAUACGUCCGCUGGUAUAUGACCUAAAACUUUAGUUUCUUUAAGACACAGAUUUUUUUUUUCUUAUUAUUUAAAGAGCAUAAUAGUGGUUUGUGAUCCAAAGUGUGCGUGUUCAUUUGCAAUAAAGUACUUUUUCUUUUA